GGCUUGGUGGAGCAGCCGCCGGCUAGCAUUGCCUAGUGCUGUAGCGCUCACUGUAAGUCGGUAGCAGCACCGAUGUCGUCAAUAGCCCAUCACAUAAAAACGUUAUCAGUUGAAGCUAUCACCUCUCAACGACAUGCUUGACGAGCUUCAGGAAUACUAGCAGUGGCCCGAGAUCGCCUAAUCCUACAUUAGUCGUUCUAUUUCUCCUCUCAUUCUCGUUCAUGGUCAGAAAGUAGGAACGCCUGCAGCUAACUCAUCAUGGCUUUGCUGUACUCUCUACAGAAGAGUGCCACUUCGUCCGCACGGCUCGUUAUUAGAUCACGUUUUCAGAGGAUGAGUCUCCCUCUGGUAGCAUCUAGAUUAGCUUCAACGGCACCACCAAAACUCAAUGACCCCUCUCUAUUCAAGACGGAUGUGUGUUACGUGAAUGGCGAAUGGGUGAAAGCUGCCUCGGGCAAGACUUUCGAAGUCCAUGACCCCGCGACAGGAAACCUGAUAGGGACAUGUCCCGAGUUCGAUGCCAAGGACACGGAAAAGGCCAUCGCAGCCGCCAGUGAGGCAUUCAAGUCCUUCCGUAACAAGACUGGCCGUGAGCGGUCCAAGCUGCUACGGAAAUGGUACGACUUGGUGAUGGAAAACUCCGAGGAUCUCGCUAAAUUGAUCACUUUGGAAAAUGGCAAGCCUUUCGCAGACGCUAAGGGCGAGGUCAAUUAUGCUGCGCAGUUCUUCGAAUGGUUUAGCGAAGAGGCACCACGCGUAUAUGGCGAUACAAUACCAGCCUCUGUACCUGGUAAUAGGGUAGUGACGCUGAAGCAGCCUGUUGGCGUGUGCGGUCUAAUCACACCGUGGAACUUUCCCGCCGCGAUGAUCACGCGUAAGAUUGGUCCAGCCCUCGCUGCAGGGUGUACAACGGUAUGCAAAGCGCCAGGAGAGACGCCGUUCACAUCACUGGCAUUGGCAGAACUAGCCCAUCGGGCUGGAAUACCUAAGGGUGUGGUGAAUAUCGUGACCUCCCUCAAAAAUACUCCCGAGGUCGGCGAGCUUAUGACGACGCACCCUACGAUCCAAAAGGUCUCAUUUACAGGUUCUACUGGGGUGGGCAAACUCUUGAUGAAACAGGCUUCAUCAAGCUUAAAAGUAUUGUCUAUGGAGCUGGGUGGAAACGCACCAUUCAUCGUGUUUGAUGACGCCGACGUCGAUGCCGCGGUUGCUGGUGCCAUUGCAUCCAAGUUCCGUUCGUCAGGUCAGACAUGCGUUUGUGCGAACCGCAUUUACGUCCAGAGGGGCAUCUACGAUGAAUUCGCUAAGAAGUUUGCCGAGAAAGUCAAGGGCUUCAAGGUGGGCCAUGGUUUUGAUGAGGGCGUCACCCACGGGCCCCUAAUACACGAUCGCGCCGUAUCCAAGGUUGAGGCCCACGUAAAGGACGCUGAACAGAAAGGCGGCAAGGUUGUCGUGGGAGGCCAGAAAAUCCCGGAGCUGGGAUCCAGUUUCUUCCAACCUACUGUAAUCACUGGUAUGACAAAAGACAUGGCUAUCGCAUGCGAGGAGACAUUCGGCCCCGUUGCCGGCCUAUUUCCCUUCGAUACUGAACAGGAAGUUGUGGAACUGGCCAAUGCUGCUGAUGUUGGAUUGGCCGGCUACUUCUUCUCAAGGGAUCUGGAGAGGAUACAUAGGGUAUCGGAAACACUAGAAGUCGGUAUGAUAGGCGUCAACACAGGCUUGAUUUCUGAUGCAGCUGCACCGUUUGGAGGUGUGAAGCAGUCAGGAUUUGGUAGAGAAGGAUCCAGGUAUGGCAUAGAGGAGUACCAGCAUAUCAAGACGAUCACAUAUGGUGGCAUGGGCAAGGCACUGCAGAGCUAGAAUUUCAUGGAAACAUGGAAACGUGGAGGCUCUAGGAGCAAAUAAAACGAAUAAAUACCUCUCGUGAAAAUACCUUCUUCUUUUAUUCGCAAUGAGUCCUCUUACAAGAACUGUUACGGGGUUUGGAGAGAUCUAGCAUGUGGUGUUUGUAGUCCCGUUAACGCAAUAUGCUCGCCUUUAUGCAUAUCACUACCAUGCACUUGACCGAGCUGUCACAAUCCUCAAAAUUUCGGACCAGCGAGCU